CUCCUUUUGGUGCUCAAAUGGCUGCCUUGGCUGCCCAGCGCUUGCAGGCGUGCGCAGGGACCUUCUCGCGGUCGAUCCCCGCAGCUAGCGUAGUGUUUUACUAGCUUUGCGCAGCGUUGACAACCAUUUUGCCAAUGGGGCUGCACCACCAUCAGCGGCGGCCGGCGCCGGCCGCCGAGCCCGUCGAUGGCCUCCCGACAACCGACAGACGUCCGCACCACCGCGGCGGACGAGCUACGCAUCCUCGGGCGCCGAUUGGGGCCCAUCCUCAUAAUCUCGUACAGCGCCGUUUGCCUACAGCACAAGCUAGGAGCCGGAGAAGGCGUUCGGCGGCGUCGUAGCGGACGCCCUCGACACGUAGAACCCCUGGGGACGUCGCGACGCAGCAACGCGCGCCCUGCACCAUCAGGAAGGGAAAUGUCAUAUAGCGUCGCGGGAGGCCUACAACUACCCUCACCAGCGGAGAGCUGGCGCCGAGGCGGCGGUGCUUGAGUUGUCGGCGGCGUCUUAGGCGGCGCCGGCGUCGAGAGGGCGACGGACGAUGUAAAUGGGUGAGUGGCCCAAUCGGCCACGCUCGCUUGGCGACGGACGGUCUGAGGCGGAAAGCGUGCCGCUCGUCGUGGCCGCGCUGGAAGCUGCAGACGUCGCGACGGCGUCGUUCACGGGCGCGGCUUCUCGCGCGAAGCGGGACAAGGCGAUUGCCGCGGAUUGGACUGUUCUGGUGACGACGGUCGCCGCGGGAGGCGUCGGUCUCAAUUUAACGCAAGCGUCGCGAGCCGUCUUCUUUGAGCCUCUGCUGGACAUUGCUGCGUUCCGCCAGGCGAUUGGUCGCGUCCACCGCAUCGGGCAAAAAAGGUCGGUCGCGGUGCACGUGCUGGCGGUGGCCGGCACGCACGAGCACAUCGCCCUCGACCUGGUCACGAAGCGCAUGAACGCGACGGACGACGAGGCCGACCAGCGGGCCCUCAAGCAGCAGCGCCUCUGCAAGACCUUCAAGCUUCUCUAGGUCGACGUACGCGGCGGCGGCGCGAAUGGAAUCCUAUAUUUAAC